AUGCCAUUUUGGAAUCAACACCCAUUACAACCAGACUUGAUCAAGGAGAUGGACGCCGAGGAAGCCCGAUUAGCAAAGUCCGGGAAUGUUCAUGCCCUCCAGAAAUACCGUUAUGAUAACCACUUCUGCCCUCUCUGGCCCAGAAAAUAUAUUGAUGACUCGCCUAAACUUCUCGAUGUGGAACAAGAACUUCGCGAAGUGAUUCAAGAAGAGAUAUCUAUCAGACAGAGAACUCAUAGUUCAAGCGGAGAGGCAAACAUUUCGAAGGAAAGACUACAUGGUAUAUGCACAAAAGACUUGUUGAGGAUUGUGCUGGCCGGGAAGGCUGUUGUGCUCGGAGUUGUGGCUGCUGUCUCAAUCGCAAUGUUGAUCAAACCCGCAAGCUUGGAGUUGGACAUUGUACCCUUCAAUGUGGAUGUUGCCAAAGAGCGAGAGGCACCCCGGUGA